AUGUCUUAUACAUUAUAUGGAUUUGCCAUGUCCUCCUGUACCUAGCGUAUAAGGAGCAUUCUCAACUAUAAGAAGAUUCCCUACACCCAAGUUUCAGUCAACUUCCUUAAGAAAGAACAAUUGUCUGAAGAGUAUAAAAAAAUACACCCUCGUCAAAUAAUUCCUGCUUUGGUCACUCCAGAGGGUCACUCCUUGAUAGAGAGUGUCGCCAUAGCGGAAUACUUGGAGGAGGUGCAUCCUGAAAAACCAAUCUUGCCCAAAAACAAGAUUCAAAGGGCCCAAGUUAGAGCUAUCGCAGAAUACAUCAAUUCAUCAAUCCAACCCUUUCAACAUUUGGGCAUUUAACAAUACAUUAAUUCGCACUCAGAGAAAUAAUUGGAAUGGAAAGAUCAAUGGACCCACUGGAACAUGCUGGGAAUCAGCAAUCUAGAAAAGAGUAUUUCAAGAACAAGAGGUAGAUUCAGUGUCGGUGACUAGUUGACAUUAGCAGACAUCUUGAUCUAUUGUCAAGUUGAUUCUGCUUAGACUAGAUUCGCCUUAGACUUUGGAUAAUAUCACAACAUCAUGAAUAUUUACUAUAAUGUCAACAAUAUCAAAGAAAUUGAGUAAUCAAGAGGAAUCUAUUAAAAAGACUUCCCUAAAUGAUUAUAAGUGAUUAAUAAAAAAUAAUAAGUAUUAUUUCUAA